ACUACGACAUCUCCACGGCAAGACGGAAAUAAAGAAUUUUCCUCCUCGUGAAAAUUUUUUUCCUGCACCGGGAAAAGUGAAAACGGGGUUAAGUGAAAAAUUUAUGAAUAUCCUUUUAUUGUGUGAUCUUGACCCUUUGAUGCGUAUGGUGUAGGUCGUAUCGUGUUGUAGUUAAGUGAAAAUGUUUUUAUGGUGCUAAGAGAUAGCGGGUAUUUUGUAAAAUGUUAUAGAGAAAAUGUUAAUCACGCGAAAAAUUAGAAUCCCUCAACGUUGCCUUAUUCUUUCUGCAAUCGUUAUAUUUUCUCUAGUUUGUACACACUUAGAGCCUACGACAGCGAGUCUGGAAGACGAUGCUAUAUCAAAAUGGGCUGAUAAAUUCGGUGACGAACUAUGGGAACUCGGCAAACGUAUGACAAAAGCGCCGGAAAUAAAGGCGAAAUACAAAGAGUACAAUGCGCGAGUUGAAAGGAAAGAUGGCGAAGCGCUAAUUAAAUCAAUCGUCACGAGUGUCGGACGAAUGUUAUCGAGGAAAAUUGAUGCAAUUCGUUGCAUAUUGAAUGCAGCUGAAGAAGAAGCAGAGAUGUUUGAGUAUAAUGAAACAAUUGCCGAGAAUUUCACGUAUUAUUCCAGCAAAUACUCAACUUUUGAAGGAUACCGUGCCACCGAGCUAGUAGAAUCCUUAAUGGUUAACGAAGGCAUGUACUUGCCGUUUGACCUCAAUCAAGACACUCAUUUCUACAAUAUUUCGGUUAAUACGUCUUAUAGUUCCGUCCACGUACCGUCGAAUAUUUACGAUAAAGGCCCUGAGGUUAUGGAAGCAAUCAUGUGGUCGGAGGCUCUUGACAAAGUUUUUGUACAAAAUUAUAACUCAGACCCAGCAUUAUCCUGGCAGUAUUUUGGUUCUGAUACCGGCAUCCUGCGGCAUUAUCCCGCCAUGCAAUGGGAUAAUAAAACUGUUGACGUGUAUGAUUGCCGCAAACGUUCCUGGUACAUUGAAACGGCUACAUGCUCUAAAGAUAUAGUAAUUUUGGUAGAUAACUCAGGGUCAAUGACCGGUUUCCGACAACAUAUAGCCAGGCUUACGAUUCGCAGCAUCCUGGAUACCUUCUCCAAUAACGACUUCCUCAAUAUUUUCAACUAUUCAGCGACGGUGGAUGAUUUGAUCCCCUGUUUUAAAGGGAUGUUAGUUCAGGCUACUCCUGAGAACCUUGAUGUUUUUGAAAAGGCGACAAAGAACAUGUUCGCUGAGGGUUACGCCAACGUAACCAAAGCAUUUGAAAAGGCAUUUGAUCUUCUAGAGCAAUACCGAAUUCAACGACGCUGCAAUGAAUCUGGAUGCAAUCAAGCUAUAAUGCUCAUUACCGAUGGCCUGUCAGCAAAUAUGACAGAAAUUGUAGCGCAGUACGAUAAAGUCGACUAUGGAAAUUCAACGAAAAUACCAGUUCGCAUUUUUACAUAUUUGUUAGGGAAAGAAGUGACAAAGGUGCAAGAGAUACAGGAAAUAGCGUGUAAAUUUCGUGGUUACUAUUCACAUAUACAAACUUUGGAUCAAGUGCAAGAGGAAGUAUUGAAAUACGUUGACGUUAUAGCUGUUCCUCUGGUCCUUCAAGGAGAACUGCAUCCUCCAACAUGGACACAUGCAUUUGCUGACAGAACUCAUGACCAACAGGACACCGAUACUCCGCCCAGAUUGAUGAUUGCCGUGGGUGUGCCCGCAUUUGAUAGGAAGAUGGGUCAUAAGAAUGGAACGCGACAUGCUCGGUUGCUAGGAGUUGCAGGAACUGAUAUUCCAGUGGAAGAUAUUGAUAAACUGUCUCUACCUUAUAUGCUCGGAGUCAACGGAUACAGUUUUAUAGUGAGCAAUAAUGGUUAUGUUUUGCUUCACCCAGAACUACGCCCAAGUGAGAAGAACCGCCUCAAGCGGAAUUAUAACAGCAUAGAUUUCACGGAAGUAGAACAGAUCAAUGAUGGCCGACCUGUGCGUGACCCGGGUGAACUGUUGCUGGAUCUUCGGAUGAACUUAGUGAACCAUAAAUUUGGCAAUCUAACUCAAGUUCCUGUCAAGUUCCAUUACGAUAAUAUGCGGCGGGUUUCACCGGAGUAUCAAGACUUCUUUUAUGCUCCACUGAAAGACACCCCUUUCUCACUAGGGCUUGUCCUUCCAAGCUCUUAUGGAAAAACUUGGAUCAAAGUUGGUGAUGAAGUGAAAAGAAACCAGCAUAUGAACAUAAAUAUUUCGGAAUUUUUCGUUGGAGAGAACUGGAAGGUGCAUCCAUUGUGGGUUUAUUGUAAAUAUCAUUAUUUGGAGGGACAUGAGUUCAAAACACCCGAAGAUGAGCUUAGACAUUUCUUGAAGAAGAUGAGCGAGCCAAACUGGGAAUGGAAGGAGCAGUACUCAAUUGAUGAGGAAGCGGAAGACCCUAGUAAUGCGCAAGCCAGUUGCACCCGUAAGAGCCUUGAUGAUGACGCCCACUACUGUAAUAAGGAAUUAGUACAACUUUUGAUUUUCGACGCCAAAGUAACAAACACAAGCUAUGGCACGUGGAAGUUUUCUAGUCAAUAUGAAAAGGAACUGAUCGAACGCUACAAUGCCACCCUACGCUUCGUGGCCACAAUGAGUGGUUUGACCCGCUGGCAAUUCAUUUUUGGCGAAAUUGAAGUUGACACCGAUCAAGAAUUCGGUGACUACCACAUGAAUGCGAUUGACGAAACUUGGUACAAAAGUGCCAUCUUGCAGCAUGCAAUCGAUCCUGAGAGUUUCGUAUAUUCUGUUCCGCACGUAGAGGACCCAAUAGAGGAGGAGGACCGAAAGGUCACAUCGUCUCAUGCCAUCUUUCCUAGAGAUGGAGGACUAGAAGCACCGGGUUGCGUCGUAGGAUUUCAGUUUUCACACUCAAUGAUGUGGGAGCGAUUUUUUAACAUCACUUCGGAGGAAUCAUGCAACGGCUGUGUGAAGACUUGCAACACCGACGAGCAUGAUUGCUACGUUAUCGAUAACAACGGAUACGUCGUGCUUUCGGAAAACCUAAACGACACUGGAAAGUUCUUUGGUGCAAUUGAAGGCGCUGUUAUGGACGACAUGGUACAAAACAACAUUUUCAAGAAUAUCACAGUAUUCGAUCUGCAAGGAAUGUGCUCGGAAACAAUAAUAGAUACAAGUGAUGGAUCAAGGCUAAUUACGCCUAUAAAGUUACUUACCCUCGGACUUGAUUGGCUCGUCACUGAAGUCAUGUGGUAUUGGAACCGACUAAAUAUGUGGGUUGAAGGACUUCCAUUUUAUGACGACCCAGAACAAGACUAUGAUACCGCGACUAUCCCCCCACCUCCGGUGAAAAGGAAGCUCCGUAAGGGCCAAGACGAAGACGAAGAAGAAUAUUUUAGCCGCCCACCCGAAAAAAAAGAAAUAACCAUUUACUACCCCUGCGAUAAGAUGUCCAACUUGUAUAUCCUUCAGCAGGAGCUUUUCAUUCGCGGAAAUGAUUUCGAUACCAAAAUUCAAGCGAACUGUUCGAGGCCAUACCACGUAAAGCGGAUACCAAAAUCGAACCUUCUCAUGGUUGUCAUCAAAACCAUGUACCAUACAUGCUAUCGAUACCUGACCGCGUCACCUCAGAUUAUAUCAUACGACGUUGAUGCACCGUGUCAUAAGUUGAACUUAAAUCACUUCCCAAGAAGGAGGUUGGAGGAGUGUUACACCGAGCAUCCUGAUGAAGAGGCGUACACAUACUGUGGCAAUGCUAAUUCGAUUUAUCUCGGGGCGGCGACUGCUUUCUGGAGUACAGUUGUAUUGAUAGGAUUUGGAUUGUUUGCGUAAAUUCUGGAGAAAUGAUUGUUCCGUUUCUUAUAUUUUUGGAAAGACAUGUUUCCUGGGUGCAAUAUGAAUUGAAAAUUAUGUUGGUCUACACUUUUAUUUUACACUACAAAGCCAAAACAUGAUGGAGUAGUCGACAAAGGAUAAGUAUUUUGGUAAAUACGAUUUUGUAACUAUUUAGAUGAACAAAUUGUAUAGAUUACCGACACCUAACUACCAUAAAUAACAUGCAUUAAUAUAUCCUGCAUCAUUUAUGACAAGUACACUACCAUGUAAUUCUGAAUUUCUUGUAAUCCUCCCCAGUCGAUGUUUGUAGUACAAUCAGGCACUCAUUAUGAUAUUUCUAUAAAUAAGGUCAAACCUUUGAAAAGCAAUAAUUCAGUUAUUUGCAA